AUGUGGUCGCCUUCAGAGAGCUUGGUUGAGCAAGCUGGUGUGGGCGUGUAUGCCCUCGCGAUUGUGCUUGCCCUAUACUAUGGUCACGAGGCCCAGGCCCGGCGUCGCCACGCUCAGCUGGCUCCCGGCGUGCUCCGAAGUGCAAUUUGGGAGAGCACGGCCCUGUACCUGCUCGAGCUGCUGGCCGCCUUUACUGCUGGGUUCAGCCCGCUUGUGGCAGCUGUUGUCUUGAAUCAGGCCGAGGCCUGGCAUGUUGCCUUUGCGGCCUGCUGCCCGGCAGCAUGGCUCUUGCAUAUCUAUGUGCUUUCCAACUGGCCCGAGUGUCUCCUCACGCGUGGCAGCGCUCGGGUUGACCGCCUUCCUGCCCUGCUGCGCAUCAUCAACAUGCUGGCUACAUGUCAUGCGGCCAUGGUUUUCUACCAGGUGCUCCAACAGCCCGAUGUCUUCAGCUAUUACGAGCAACUCUUGAAGAUGACCUAUGCUGGUGGUGUCAGCGUCCUGUUUCUUGUGGCCAUGGCUGGAAGAUGGCUGGCACCAUUGCGUCUCUUCCAGUUUACUGCAGACACUCGCUCUGUCCAGGCAACCGACGAAGGCAGUCACGGACCUGCCAGUACGCAAGGGUUGAGCCUCAAUGAAGAUCCCCAUGAUGCGGAACUCAACAAUGACGAUGAACGUGCGGCCCUCCUGCCAGCCCGCGACGCCCAAGAGGCGCUUCGGCGCUUGCGAGACUAUCCGUCCUGUCGCCAUCAAGGCCGAAGUGCCGAAUCACAAAGCUGUAAGGCUUGUCAGGAGGGGGUGCGGUAG